AUGAACUGGCUUGUAGCUGCGCUUGCUGUGUGCGUCCUAGUGCCCAGCGCAAACUGUGCCUCAGACUCAGUCGCCUGGUGUUAUCAUAAGCCAAGCUGCAAUGACACUACCUGGCCAACCAUCGCUGCUAAGUAUUGCAGUGGCACCCGACAGUCUCCCAUUAACAUCGUCUCAGCAUCUGCGGAACUUAACGCCAACCUGACUGAAUUCACCUUUCAGAACUACGGCGACACCUCCAUCUUGAAAAAGAUCCUAAACACUGGCAAGACAGUCAAAGUCAGCUUGGGCAGUGGCGUUAGUAUUUCAGGAGGAGAUCUGUCUGAGGCAUAUGACAGCCUGCAGUUCCACUUGCACUGGGGUAAUGGCUCCUCCAUCCCCGGCUCCGAGCACACUGUGGAUGGAAAGCGCUAUCCCAUGGAGUUACACAUUGUAAACAGCAAGUCAACCUUUAAUGGGAACACAACUCUAGCUGUUAAAGACUCUACAGGACUUGCUGCUCUUGGUUUCUUUAUUGAGGAAAUGUCAGGCAAUGAAACUCAGCAACCUGCAAGCUGGAACACUUUGACCUCCUACCUGGCCAACAUCAGAAACCGUGGUGACUCUGUUUCAAUUGCACCUGGAAUUUCAUUGGAUGACCUCCUGGUCGGGGUUGAUCGUAGCCAAUAUUACCGCUAUCUUGGUUCCUUGACCACCCCCAAUUGCAAUGAGGCUGUGGUUUGGACUGUGUUCAAGGAUUCGAUCAAAGUCAGCAAAGAUUUGGUGCGGCCGGGGCACCCCGAGAGGCACCCCGCAUGGGUUUUGGGUCUGAUAAAUGCACGCAUCCCCGGAGCAUAUGCUACUGGCAGGAUCAACCAGGUAGCCCUGUGCGGACAGCGGGGAUCGGCUCGGGGACGCCCGACCGAAAACCCGUGCGCCGAGGGACGUGCUGUGGCCACCGCCGGCCGGGAGGUCGGCGGGGCGAAGCUUUUGUGA